GUGACCGAAAAGACCCAAUUGCACCCUGAUUUACUGCGAAGAGCCACUAGCAACAUAUAUUCCUGGUCGAUGAUCCUGGGCUAACACAACACGUCUGCGUUGAUUCCUAAUCUGAAUAAUUAAGUGAAGAAGCCAAGUGAGAUCCAAGGCGUAUCACCCAACCACAUGGACCGUCUUUGCGUACCUGCACCCGCUGAUGGGCUCCGGGAGGAUGCCGUAGCGAAUGGUCAACCAAUCAGCGACGAAAGAUCGGGUCGACACAGUUUCACUGGUAACCGGCAGGAGCCUCCAUUCAGUCGGCUUCCAUAUGCCCCCCGACGUGAUCCUAUCAUGGGUAUCUAUCAGCACCUGAUCCCCCCCUCGAAGUUUUCGGUUGAGGACUCCAACUGUACUGUGGUCCCCUCUCAUAAAUACAACAGACAGGCGAGCUUGCACCACAGAUAUUCUAUUACGGGUGCCCCAAGAACAGAGCAGUCGCCGGUCACAAAUGAUACUCUGGGGACCUCCCGAGCUCCAGCCACUCAAGGCGUCAGACACAAGUACUACGGUGCUUACCUCAAACCGGCCGAAAGGCGAGGUCCUUUGGUAUUUACGCGCCAGCUCAACCCCAUAUUUGAUGAUGCUGCUGCCUCCACCUAUCGCAGCGCCAACGCGCCCAUGAACCCCACGCCACCCAGACAGCAAGCUGUCUGCCGAGCUUUGCCUGAUAAUUCGCCUACGACGCGUCAAUCAGAACGCUCUCUAACAUAUUCGUUCACCGAUUCGUGCCGUUCCCCGACUGAUCCCAGCUCUCCCACCGAUUAUCCGAGCUCGACCCUUUCCGUGGCUAACAUGAUUGUGGACGAUGACAAGGAGCCCUCUGAUGAAUCUGAGAAUGAGACGUGCACUUUUGAGGACGCGAUGUCAACGAUGAGCCACAGCUGCAGUAUCAUCUCUCAAGCGGAGGUCCCGAAAAUCCAGAUGGACGACGGCUGCUCAUCGUAUCCUCCUCCGACCUCUGCUCCCUUAUACACCACUUUCAAUAGCGCGAUGCGGCAAUCGGCUUUCCAAAAGCCUGUCCCACGUACCGUGAUCCAUCAGCCAUCGCAGAGACGCUGUCUGAGCUGGAAUAGAGGACCGGCACAACCAGCCGGCGAAGCCUCCCGAGGACUCCCACCCAAAUCUGAUGAGCAGCAAUGCUUUUCACCGCAGCCCCGGCUGGUUUCAAGACGAAGACCUAGUAGCUUGGACAUCAAAAUUCCCGGACGAUAUAUCUCCAUUUAUGAUGAUUCACCCAUUGAAGCGCCUGAAGAUAUCUCUGUCGACAGUGCUAGUGAAAUCGGAGGUGGCCCGAAUGAUCAGUGUACCAGCGCACACCUCCAAGCACACCAUUCAGAACCUACGCCUGGCUCAUCUCUGAUAGAACUACUGAAUCGAUGGGAGAAGAUACCAAGCACUGCAGAGAUACCGCUACUCUAUGUCCAGCAACUCAAACACGCCUUGGACGAAAUCGAGAAAUCCAAGUCCGGCGGGGCUCAUGAGGACGGGCCUUGCGAGUCUGUCGAUGAAGCAUCGCCGCCGAGUCACACCACGUCCUCAGACAGUUCUGAGCCUCAGGAGUCACAACAGUCCGGUUCAAGCGGCCGGUAUCCGCCUAGUAUCCGCAGUGGUUCCUCACCUGAUUCGCCGAUGUUGUCCUCCAACCAUUGGACUCCGUUUUCCGAGAGAAGUCGGAUCCCAGCAUCCCGGCAGAUAGGAACGAAUGGCAAGCUGCAGCAGGUCCAAGACCAUCGAGCCUGGCUCUCAGCCACACCUCCCCUGGAGAACACCGAGACCCUCUCGCCGCUGUGGCCCUCCCAAUAUCCGCCAGCCAUCACUUCACCGGCGGAGGUCGAGAGCGAGGACGAAAGCGAGCUCGAGCAUCCAACCGGCUCCUCCGAGUCGCAUCGCCGGAAAAACUUGCACGUGUUCUUCGGGACCCGGGCGAUUGAUGAGAAGAAGAUCCCGUGCAAGUCGGAUGCCUUGGAUUUCCAGCUCUCCAAGACCUGGAGAAGAUCCCACAGAAAGAUCUCGAUUGCAGCCGAGUUGACGAGGACCGUCCGAGGCGGAUUGCGGUCCCUGAAGCUGCCCGCUCUGCAAGACAAGAUCGAGCCCGCUUCGGCCGAGAACCAUCCGGACUUCCUCUCCGAUUGCGAAAGCUCCACCCGCUAUAUGCCCGGCCAUCUCCCCGAACGCGUCAGUCGGCGAAGCUCCAGUUGUGGCCCCUUCGGACGCUCCUCUUUCUCCUCGAUCCAUCUCUUCGAACCCCCGCCGCCUCCUAACUCGAGCCCAAAGAAGGCUUAUCGUGUCAGGUUUCAAGAGUUUUAAUGCCUGUGAAUCGUCUGGCAUCAUCAUCCUCAAAUUGCUUAACCCUUUUUCUUUCAACCCAUUGGACAAAAAUGAAUCAAUCUUUUCCUGAGCGUGGAUCUUCAUUUGUCAUCCUUCUGGAAGCCACCUCUUUCUGCAAUCGUUUAUAUGUGUACAUCUUGCAUCGAAUUUCGCCCGGACUUUCUUCUUCUGGAAUCUCACCUUCAUGUCUCCGCGCCUAUCCUCAUCUCUUCUUUCUUGGACCAACCUCAUCCUAUUACCAAAGUCUUUCAUUCUAUAUCCCAGCAAACUUGUACUUAUUUUCUCUUUCUGUCUCUCUCUCUCUCUCUCUUGCUUUUCCUUUUUCUUCUUCUUCUCAUUUCUCUGCUAUCCGAACGAUACCUACAAUUCCCAUAAUACAUGUCGUUUUUUCAAGCCAUUUCCUAUUUUUAUAUGUUCUCCCAAUUUGGAAUGCAACCUGUUCAACAAACCUAUGAACCGAAUCGUUUCAUACUUGAUGAUAAACUCUCUCAAGUUCAUCAAGAACACA